AUGGCAGAAGAAAUAAAUCUUCAUAAAAUUGUGGAAAUGCCAGAAAAGGAAUUUAGAAAGCAUAUUUAUAACUGGUUACGUGAUAAGGAUUUAUCCAGGGAAUUGCAGGCAAAACUAAGAAAGAAUCUUAUUGAAAAUUUCAAUAACACUCGCCUUGGCAAAAUAAUUAAUGUUCAACAUAAUAGAAAACAGAAAUUAUUUAAAUCUCCCUUAAAUUUGAUAUUAAAUACUUUAGUAGCGGAACAUCUUUAUGUUGAAAACUGUCAUUACACUUUAUCAGUUUUUUGUGCUGAAAUGCCUAACGAAAUAGUUCCUCCAAAUCUUGAAAGCAGAACCGAUUUUCGCUUCUCAAAGGAAAAUCUAAUAGAAAUUUUUGAAGCAUUUGGUAAUGGAAGCCUUAAUGAAAGAAUGAGAAAUAUUGUUUUAGACAAUUAUAUGCAAGAUGAUAGCGAAGAAAAACCUAUUUCAUCUUUACUUUAUGUAAUAUUUGAAACUAUGGAAAUUUGUAUUGACCAUUUCAACAAUAUUUUACGAAAUAAAACAAAUGUAGAAACAACACCCCAACCAGUAGAAAAAGAUUUUCAGCAAUGGUUUUCUGAAGUAAAAAAUACAAAAUCAGGGAAAGAAUUUUUAUCAAAGCUUGAAUCUUCAAUACAAAAAAUAUUAUUAAAACAAAAACAUUGCAUGUUGCGAAAAUUUGAAAAAAAAUUGGAAAACGAAAAGAAAAAGCUGAAAAUAAGAUAUAAACAACAUUAUUUAAACAGUGAAAGAUUUUUAGAAAUGAAAAAUACAAGCACUGAUGGUUUGCAAAGUAAUCCUUCAAAAAAUAUAAUGCAAUUUUCGGAAAAACCGAAUGAGUUUAAAGAUUUUUCGAAAUCAUUACACGUUGAAGUCCCUGAUGGUAUUGCACAUAAUGAAAAUAAUAUUGUCGGUAGCAGUAAAAACGGAGACGAACUGAACCUAGAAAAGUCUAAACAAGAACUAUCACGGAUUAUAGAGUAUGAAAAGAAUUUAUUAGAAAGGCAUUCAAGACGAACGCAACAGGAAAAAUGUAUCGAUAGCAUUGUACAUGAAGCUCGAUUAAAAAUUCAAGAACUUGAAAAUGAAAGCUUAAAAAUUGAUGGUGCUUUUAAAACCCAUUUGUUAUCACAACGCGAUCAUCAUGAUAAAUCGAAACAGAAUAGAGAUAUUACAGCAAUAUUUGAGGCGGCAGCUGAUGUUAAAAUUGAACAAAAGGAUAAAACAUUUUCAAUUUCAAAUGAUGAAGAUGGUUAUGAUACGACAAAUAGUAUUGUAUUCGAAAAUCCAUUUAAAGAAACCCAAAAUAAAGUGUCAGCAAAAUUGCGGUCUUCCCAGAAUAAAAAUUUGAAAGAAAAUUACUAUUUAGGCAACGAUAAAGAUACUUUAAAAAAUAAUGAGUUAGAAACAAAAAACACAUAUUUGCCAAUUACAGUUGAAUAUCGCGAAGAAAUCAAUGAUCAACAACAAAACUUCAAUAAAACAAAAUUAUUUAAAUCGUUUCAAGAUAACCAGAAAGAAGAAAUGCACACAAAGAAAAAUAAACAACCGUUUCCUCACAAUGAAAGCGAUUCAAAAGCACAUAUUGAAGAAAUUUCGAUCAAUUCUUUUGGGAAAACUAAAGAAAAUUGA